CUUUUUAUACAGGCACACCUUUUCUCACAGGUGUGUCUAUCAGAGGAGACCUGGUCCUCCUGGAAGGAGGAGACGCCUGGACAAAGAUGGAUUCUUCCCUCUCCAAAGGUGGAGCCGUUCCUUCAGGCAUCCGGCCAGCGGGAGAUCUGCAGGCGACAGAAGAUGCAGACCUAAGCGGGAAGCAACAGAGUGAGGGUCAGCCUGGACAGCCGAUAGGAAAUGAUGAUGAACUGAUGUACUCAAUGGACAGCUCUUCAGACAGUGAAGAUGAGGGUAUUGGCAAAAAAGCGAAGAAGAAAAAGAAGCUGAAAAAGAAGAAGAAGAAGAAGGACUCCUCCUCUUCUUCAUCAUCUUCUUCUUCCUCUUCUUCAUCGUCUUCUUCCUCCUCCAGUAGUUCCUCAGACAGUGACAGUGAGGAUGAGAAGAAAAAAAAGAAAAAGAAGAAAAAAAAGAAGGUCUGGGAGGGCGUUAUCAUCUGUCAAGAAGGUCCCGAGUGUCUGGAAGAACAGCUGACUGGAGAAGGCAUGCACAUGAAGCCUGAUUACAACUCAUCAGAUGAGGAAAGUGACAAGAAGAAGAAAAAGAAGAAAGAUAAGAAGGAGAAAAAAAAGAAGAAGAAAAAGAAGAAGGACUCAAGUUCUUCUGAUAGUUCAUCUUCAUCUGAUGAUAAGAAAAAGAAAAAGAAGAAAAAGGACAAGAAGAAGAAGAAAAAGAAAGACAAGAAAAAGGAUUCCAGCUCUUCAUCUUCAUCCUCUGAUGGUGAGAAAGACAAGAAGAAGAAAAAGAAGAAAAAGGAUAAGAAAAAGGAUGAGGAGCAAAAGGACCCCAGUAGUGCUCCUUCAGGUGAAGGUGGUGAGACAGGAGCUGAUGGAGGCAGAGAUGCUGACAAGGAUAAAGAGCUUGCAUCAGCAGUAGAGGGCACUCUCUCCACUACACUAGCUGGGGGAGCACAGCCGAUUCGCUAUGGCUUUGAGGAUGGUCACCUGAGUGAUGAUGAAGAAGGAGGGAAAGAGAAGGAUAAAAAGAAGAGGUUGAAGAAAAAGAAGAAAAAGGAUUCUUCCAGCUUCUCCUCGUCUUCAUCUGAUAGCUCUUCAGACAGCGAGGAUGAAAAGAAGAAAAAGAAAAAGAUGAAAAAGAAGAAAGACAAGGAUUCCAGCUCUUCCUCAUCCUCAGACAGUGAAGAUGACAAAAAGAAGAAGAAGAAAAAGAAGAGGAAGACAAAAAAGAAAAAAAAGGUCUGGUAGUCUUUAGGGACGAUGUUUUACUUGACUCUUAAAAGUAGAAAUCAAUUUGUUUUUUCUUUGCAGGACUCAAGCUCAUCUUCAUCAUCUUCUUCGGAUA